AUGUCGAGCGGUGAAAGUGAAUCCAGUGCACCAGCAGGCGUUAUCAGCGCAACGAUAGGAGGUAGUUCCCACGAAACGGCGGCCAACAUAAUGCUGACGGACUCCGAGAACACAAACAACGAAAACCGCGUGAUAGAGAUGGAGUCGAACGCGAGUUCCGGUGGAGACGACGAUUUGCCACAGCAUUCUGCCGAGCCGAGGGAAAAUCCUGCUGCCUCAGAACUUUCUGGUGAACGUGUUACUGGGGAAGACAAAGUAGACAAUCGAAAGGACGAUGGGAAGGAAGAUCUUCCUAAAACCGCCGAACAAGAUCAGUACGCCGAACAUGUUACUUACAAUGCAGCGGGGGAAGCGAUUUACACCGAUCCGGCGACCAAGUGUCAGUAUCGGUGGUGUAAGGAAAAAAGCGAAUGGACCGCGUUGGAAGGUGCUGAAACGGCGACGGAAUCCGACAAGCCAGAAUCCGACAAUCCCUUCGAGAAUGAACAUUACCGGUGGUGCCACGAGAAACAGAAAUGGAUUCCAAAGCAAGCCAACACCGACGAGACGGAGUUCUACCGGUGGGAUAAGGCAACGCAAAAGUGGAUCCCCAAAGAGCAGACGAAAGAGAAGGCCGGCGAAAGGGAAGAAAAAAAGGAGAAUCGAGAGUACGGCUACGAGGAUGGAGUGCAUACGUAUUUCUGGGAUGACCAACGGAAAGCUUGGUUCCCUAAGAUAGACGACGACUUCAUGGCCAUGUAUCAACUGAACUAUGGGUUCGUUGACAACACAUCCGGUGCAACUUCUGACUCCGGAGAUGGGCCACAAAUGUCCUCCUCGAUUGCCAGAACGAUCGCAAGUGACUCAUCGGCUCGGGACAAUACGCUGGAGGCUAGCUCAGAAGAGCAGGAAGAAGCUCAACGUGCAGCGAAGGUCAAGAAGCGAAAAGCUCCACCGGAACCACCGAAGUGGUUCGAUCUGGCACCGGAACACAACACAAAAGUGUACGUCUCCAAUCUGCCGACCGACAUCAGUGAGGAGGAGUUCGGUGAGGUGAUGUCCAAGUGUGGCAUGGUGAUGAAGGACCCCAAGACGCACAAGCUGAAGCUGAAGCUGUACUGCGAGCCCGACGGCACCCUGAAAGGUGACGGACUGUGUCACUACAUUAAGAUCGAGUCCGUCGAUUUGGCGGUGAAAAUCCUCGACAACUACGACGUGCGCGGGCACAAGAUCAAGGUGCAACCGGCCGAGUUCCAGAUGCGGGGCGAGUACAACCCAACGCUGAAACCGAAAAUGCGCAAAAAGGAAAAGGAGCGCCUGCGGAAGAUGCAAGAAUCGCUGUUCGAUUGGCGCCCGGAAAAGAUGCGCGGUGAGCGAUCGAAGCACGAGCGGAUCGUCAUCAUCAAGAACCUGUUCGAGCCGGAGCUGUUCGAUCGGGAGGUGCAUUUGCUGCUCGAGUACCAGACGGACCUGCGGGAGGAGUGCGGCAAGUGUGGAACGGUCCGGCGGGUGGUGCUGUACGAUCGCCACCCGGAAGGGGUGGCCCAGGUGACGAUGGGUGAUCCGGAAGAGGCCGAUUUGGUGGUGCAGUUGCUGAAUGGACGCUUCUUUGGGCAGCGCAAGCUUGAGGCCACCAUCUGGGAUGGGCGGACGAAGUACCGGAUCGCCGAAACGGAUGCGGACAUCGACAAGCGGCGUGGCAACUGGGAGCAGUACCUCGAGACGGGCGAAAAGGCCGCUACGGAGGCUGGGGAAAAGGAUAACGAUGAGGAGGACGAGGACGAGAAGGACAAGAAGGAAGGAUCAUCAUUGCCGCGGGCGAAGGACGAGACGAAGGUCGACGGCACAGCCACAACCACCGUGGAUGAGACCACCACACCCGCUGGCGCCGAAACGAACGUGACUCAACCGGAAAUGAAAUCCGACCGGGAAGGGCAGCUUCCGGUCGGUGAAAGUAGCACCACCGGGGGCGAGGACGGCAAGGACGACACGGAUCAACCGAUUUAAAACGCGCGAGAUGAUCGAUUGUAAUUGAUUUAGAGGAGGAAAUAAAGAAGCAAG